GCUGGUGUCGCCCACAGGAAAAACCUGGGACUCCUCAGAGAGAUAAUGUGUCAGGAAAGUACAAAAUUCAAGAACGUUUGGACGACUCAUUCUGCAUCUCCUAUUGCGUACGAAAGAGGAAGAAUUUAUUUAGACAAUUACCAGUGCUGUAUUAGCAGCAUUGCACAGGAGCCAAGAAUACUUUAUCAAAAGCCAAAGUGUUCUAAGUCAGAAAAAAUAGAAGAUGCUUUAUUAUUGGAAUGCCCACUGGGGGAAAUGCUACCAAGUCCAUCAGACUAUAAAUCUUCCCUGAUAGUCUUGACGGUGCAGAACUGGCUUCUACGUCUCUCUGCUGAUAGUGGAGAAAUACUGGAAAAAAUAUACCUUGCUGGUUCCUGUUGCAAAUUCAGGUAUCUGAGCUGGGAUACUCCUCAAGAGGUAAUGGUUGUAAAGUCGGCUCAGAAUAAGCUCCCUGCAGCAGCACGACAGGCAGGUAUCCAACAGUCUGCAUUGUUCUAUCUUGCUGUAUUCCAAGUUUUGCCUCUUUCAUUCAUUGGAAUGCUAGAAAUAAACAAAAAGAUAUUUGGUAAUAGUGUGACUGAUGUUGCUGUUUCUAAUGGAAUCCUGAUUGUAAUGUAUAGCAUGGGUCUGGUCAGGCUCUAUAACUUCCAGGCCAUCUCUGAACAGUUCAUGGAACAGCCGUUUGACUUGGGACAUGAAUUCAACUGGAAUGGUCAAGUGGGAGUUGUAGGAAAAUAUCCCUUUGGUCUUCCUUGUAACAUUAAAAUAACAGAUACCCCACCUUUGCUAUUUGAAGCAUCUUCUCUGGAGAAUGCAUUUCAAAUUGGAGGUUACCCUUGGCAUUACAUCAUCACACCUAACAAGAAAAAACAUAAAGGAGUCUUCCAUAUUUGUUCUCUGAAAGAUAAUGCUUUGGCAAAAAAUGGCAUACAGGAUAUGAAAUGCUGUUCACUGGAACCUGAUUGGAUAUAUUUCCAUCCAGAUAUGUCAGGUAGAAUAAUCCACGUGGGACCAAAUUUGAUAAAAGUCUUGAAGCUUAAGGAAGUUAAAAAUAAUGCAGAUCAAAUGGAGAUUGCAGAAGAUUUUACAAUUGUUGCCAACAGAGAAAACUGUGUGAACAACACUGUUACUGUAACAGCUUCUGGUCGAGUGGUGAAAAAGCGUUAUAACUUGCUGGAUGAUGACCCAGAACAAGAGACAUUCAAAAUUGUGGACUAUGAAGAUGAAUUGGAUUUGUUAUCCACUGUGGCAGUUACUCAAAUAGGAGCUGAUGGGAAAGCACACCUUGACUUCCAUUGUAAUGAACAUGGGAUUCUACUUAAGAGUAUUCCAUUACUGGAGUCCUGGGAUGUGACUUUCAGUCAUGAAGUUUACUUUGACAGAGACCUUGUAUUACAUGUAGAACAGAAGCCUAACAGGAGGUUCAGUUGUUACGUUUACCAAAUGGUCUGUGACACUGCAGAAGAUGAAUGUUCAAGCCAUGAAAAAACAGAAAGAGCGUUUUGUAAAAAAGGAGGGAGAAUUUUUGAAUAUAUUUAAGACAUAAACGACAACUUGGAUGUAAUUUAAGGACUUCAUACCUAUGGAUUAGUCAACUACUGUUUUUCAGGCAGGAUUUAAUCUUAACAUUUUGUACUACUACAUGAGGUUUUAUUUCUUUUUUUCCUCUGUAACAUUGUACAGUUGUC